AUGGCUCCGAUACCACAAGAAGUCCCGAGCGAGUUCGGUGUGGCGCCGCGCGAGCGCAGCGAGGGUCUUGACGGCAACCGAGUAGUGAUCUCCGGCGUGUCGGGUACCUACCCGCAAUCACAUCACAUCAAGGAGCUCUCCGACAUUCUCUACAAUAAGGUGAACCCAGCCGAGGAAAAGAAGCCUCGAUGGAACUACUACAACCACCCAGAAGUUCCGCAGCACGUGGGCGUGAUUCCCGAUCUGGACACCUUCGACGCUCAGUUUUUCAGAGUACAUUAUCACCUCGGCGUAAACUUGGAUCCGAUGUCCCGAAAAAUUCUUGAACACGCUUAUCAAGCUAUUUAUGAUGCAGGAGUAAACCCCAGCCAGUUGUCCGGGAAGAAAGUUGGUGUUUAUAUCGGGAGUUGCUUAUCUGAAACUGAGAAAGCUUUGUUUUAUGCAGCUUUUGCUGGCAAGACUGGUUUUAGUAUAGCAGGAUGCAGCAAGACAAUGUUCGCAAACCGGGUGUCGUACUGGCUGAACGCAAAGGGGCCCUCGCUGGCUAUCGACGGCGGGUGCUGUAGCUCAGCAGUGGCUUUAGAGCAAGCUUACCAGGCGCUGACGCGAGGCGAUUGCGAAGCAGCCGUGGUUGGAGGCUGCAACUUGUGCAUGCACCCGCAAACUUCCAUACACUUCAGCAGAAAUAUAACAUUAUGUAAGGAUGGACGAACAAAAUCCUACGAUCAAGCAGCUGACGGAUGCGUGAAAUCUGAAGCUAUUUCCGUGCUUUUCUUACAAAAAGCUAAGGAUGCUUUCAGAAUUUAUGCCGAUGUUGUUUUUGUAAAAACAGCGUAUGCAUCUGUUGAAAACACUGGCAGUUUUAAGCGAAAACCUGAAGAAAUUACGACAUUUCUAGAUAAGUUCUAUGAAGAAAUAAAAAUUUCGCCAAGGGAUGUAGAAUUUGUUGAAGGUUUUGGAGCAGCCGAUUUUGAAACUGACAAGAUAGAACUGGAUGCGAUAGAUAAAGUUUUUUGUCAAAGUCGCCGAGAGCCGCUGUAUGUUGGCAGCAUCAUGUCCAAUGUGGGCUACUGCGAGUCCGCCUCGGGUAUAAUGGGAGUCACCAAGGUACUUCUGGGGUACCACACGGGACGGUUGGCGGGCAACCUGCACUGUGAGCGACCCCGCGAUGACGUGGAGGCGUUGCGAGAAGGCCGCCUCAAGAUCUUGACCGACCAUAAGCCGACUGCAAGGACCUAUGUUGCAAUCAACGGUUUCUCUUUGACCGGUGUCAAUUCUCACAUACUUUUACAUGGACAUUACAAGCCUAAGGAUUUAACAAAAUAUGACAGCGAUAUUCCAAGAUUGGUCUUAAUUUCGGGUCGAACGGAUUCAGCUGUGCAAAAUAUGAUCAAUAAUUUAAAAUCAAGACCUAUAGACGCUGAGGAGUUAGCUUUGAUUCAAAAUAUCCACUCAUACAAAAUAAAUGGCCAUCUUGGUAGAGGAUUUACCAUUUUAGGAACAGACAAUGAAUCGAAAACCACGAGCCUGGUUGAAAAGACAGAGUAUUUUGAUGGCGGCGAUCGGCCGCUAUGGUUCGUGUACAGUGGCAUGGGCUCACAGUGGGCUGGCAUGGGAACACAACUCAUGCGCUUACCAAUAUUUGCUGCUGCCAUAGAACGUUGUCGACGAGUAUUGGAACCGAGAGGCAUCGAUAUUAUCCAUAUCAUAACGUCGCCCGACAAAACGAUUUACGACAAUAUUCUACAUUCGUUCGUUGGAAUUGCUGCUGUCCAGAUUGGUUUGACCGAUAUCCUCUUACAAAUGGGUUUGGUCCCGGAUAAAAUCAUAGGACACAGUGUAGGUGAGCUGGGGUGCGCGUACGCUGAUGGAUGCCUUACGGCCGAGGAGAUGAUAUUGUCAGCGUACAGCCGCGGGCUUGUCUCUGUGGAAACCCCCUUUAUAUACGGUUCCAUGGCUGCCGUUGGCAUAGGAUUUACAGAAGUGUCUAAGAUGUGUCCACCGGAGAUAGAAGUAGCCUGCCACAAUUCGGCUGAUUCCAGCACCAUUUCGGGCCCGGCAGAAAUUAUGGGUCAAUUUGUUGCUCAGUUGACCACUAACGGGAUUUUCGCAAAGGAGGUUCCAUGCUCCAAUAUAGCAUACCAUUCACGAUAUAUCGCCGAAGCAGGGCCUGGACUCCUAAAAUACUUGAAAGAAGUAAUUAAAACUCCCAAACUUCGCAGUGAGCAUUGGGUAUCAACAUCUAUACCACAGGGCAGAUGGACCGAAGAGACGGCUAAGUAUUCUUCGGCCGAAUACCAUACUAAUAAUCUUCUGAAUCCAGUGCUUUUUGAGGAAACUGCGCGACUGAUUCCGAAGAACGCGGUGCUGGUAGAGGUGGCACCGCACGGAUUACUGCAGGCUAUUCUUAAGCGCGCGAUGCCCACCUGUGCACAUGUGCCGUUAACGCGCCGUGGGCACCCUGAUAAUUCUCGCUUCCUACUCGAAUCUAUUGGACAGUUGUUCAUGGAAGGAUAUUAUCCAGAUAUACGUCCUUUAUACCCAAAAGUCGAAUUUCCUGUUUCAACUGGGACCCCUCAUCUGUCACACUUAGUGGAAUGGGCUCAUCAACAAAAAUGGCAUUUGGCGUUAUAUGCAAGUCCCGAAAGAAAAUCUGCUUCAACAUGCACUUUCAAGAUAACUCUACACGAUGCUGAAUAUGCUUACUUACGAGGUCACCAAAUUGGAGGCAAGACAUUACUUCCAUUUUCUUCCGCAUUGGUGUGCGCAUGGGACACACUCACAAUGAUUGCACAAGCGCCGCGACGGGGAGUUCCCGUGGAGUUCCGCGAUGUUGAAUUGUAUUCGCAGCCAACUCUGCACGACUUGCGCCUGCUACGGCUUACUGUGGCGUUGCACCGCGGGAAUGGACGGUUUGAGAUUGAUGAUGGAAUCACAAAAGUAGCUUCAGGUUUUAUAGUUUUGAAGAACACUGUUACGUCGGAGAGUACUGAAUACGAAGAAUUAAAGGAAGACAUAUUAAAGACGGAGGAAAUAUAUCAAAUUUUAAAUGAAAGGGGCUACAUGUACCGGGAUGAAUUCCAAGCCAUACGUGAAGUGAACGGGUCAUAUUCUGCGGGUCGCGUAUCAUGGACUGGUCGCUGGGAGCCAUUCUUGGAUGCUCUGCUGCAGCUCAACAUAAUCCGACAGCCACACGACCACGUCUCGCGGCCUGCUUUCAUCAGAGCCAUUACAAUCAACACAGAUUUGCACACGAAAUCAAUACAAAUGAAUAAGGAUUUGAAAUUCAAAGUGUGCGCUGUACAGGACCAUACCAGGUGCGGUGGUGUAACAUUGAAAGGUAUCAAAUUUUGUCAUAUUGCUAAACCAGACGCCGGUUCUUUUGUGUUCGACACAUCCAAGUUUGACAAUAGAUAUCAAGCUCAAAAUGAUUUGAAUGAUAAAAGUGGAUAUAGUCAAGAUGAGAAAAUGUUACAGAGCAUGAGAGUUGGUGACCUAAACUCUUUACACUGGGUGACAGCCCCGGCAUCCGAAAGUAAUGGGAUCUCGGUAAAGGUGCAUUUCGCUGGACUGAACGCUUGCGACAUAUUGACAGCGAAUGAACCAUUUGUAAAUAAACAAACAAAUUGCGAAGGUUAUUAUGGAAUGGAUUUUAGUGGAAUAUUACAAAACGGGUCUCGUGUGAUGGGCCUUUUGCGCGGUGGCUCGGCUCGCUCGCAUGUGAGGGCGCGCCCCGAGUUGUUAUGGCCAGUGCCGGCCCAUUGGACUCUUGAGGACGCUGCCACUGUACCGUUGCCCUUCGCGCACGCACUUUACUGCCUUGCCAUCAAAACGCGGCUGAUGCCACGCACAAAUGUCCUUGUGAGCGGUGGCGCUGGCGCAAUCGGACAGGCCAUUAUUGCCAUGGCGCUUCAUUUGGACUGUCGCGUAUUUGUGGUCGUUGGUGACGGCGCCAAGAAAAAAAUCUUAAUGAAAAUGUUUCCUAAAUUGGAUGCUGAAGAUAUAAUCUGUUGUCGAGACGAUACGUUUAUGAAUCGUGUGCUACCUGCCACUGACGGAAUGGGCUGCGAAUAUGCUAUAUGCGGUAGAGGUGAUCACAAAGAUGCCUACCUUCAAUGCUGUAAGCAUUUUGGGUACACCUUGGAUAUUCAUCAAGUAAAAAAUAAUGAACUGUAUUCGUUCAAAAUGGGCGCAUUGACCAAAGAAAGAUCUUACAUUCGUGUAGACUUUUCCGGUCUUUUUCUUCAUAACGACAUUGAAACAUUCAAGAGGCUGCAACAUUUAAUGGCGGAGGGUAUCAGCGGAGGCUGGGUGCGUCCGCUGUCCCGUGUUGUGUACGCGCCCUCCGACGCUACGCGCGCUUUUCGCUUGCUCGCGCUGAGCAGACACCGCGGUCGCGUUAUGCUGCGCGUUCACGACUCGUCGACAUCUCUCAUGGAGCCCAGACUAACAUGCUCAAAAGCACACUGCCAGCUGGUGAUAGGCGACUCGCCGGGGCUCACCAUGUGCCUCGCCUCGCGGCUGGUGGAACGUGGCGCACGCGCGCUCCAUCUGCAGCUCGCCCACAUUGGACCACGUCUUAGUCGACAACUGCUAUCCUGGCGGAAAUUGGGCGUGAAUGCUAUAACGACCUCGUUAGACCUCGCGCAGAACGAUUGCGCGUCCAACCUGCUAAAACUAAGUUCAGGCCUGGGUCCAGUUGAGGGCAUAUUUGUAGUGAUGGCGGAACAUCAGACUGGUCAGACACAAGCCCUUUAUAAGUCCCUUUUGGCCAAUUUGGAUGCAGAGACUAGAAAAGUGUGCCCCUCAAUCAAGUACUUCGCAGUGAUUGGUGUCAAUACCUCUGUAGGAGAAAAUAUCUGUGUCUCAAGGGCAGCUUAUCAGUUGCCGGCAAUGAUGCUUUCCCUAUCGAUGGAUACAAAGGCUGAGAGUAUUUUACCAACGAGUUACGGGGGCAUUGUUAAUGCAAUAGAGGAGGGUUUGCAGACAAUGCAACCUGUGAUAUUUGCUCAGCAUCCAUCUGAUACCAAAGGUUCUUUUACAUACCAAAUAGAAAAAAUAACUGGUAUCGCCAUAUCAGAAAAUACUCCAAAUAGCCAAACGGUGCAAGAUUUUGGCUUAACUGCUGAUAAAAUUCAAGCCCUUAGGGUAUUUUUAGACAACCAGAAUAUAACAAUCACAGAAAAUGAAGUGCAAAUGUUAACUAUAGAAAAAUUACGGGAAAUUGAUGCCACGUCACAAGAAACAGAUUACGCGCCUGUCCGCGGCUUAAGUGCUUUCUUCCCCUUCGUUGAUUCUGAUGAACUCUUAGCCACGAUUGACACAGUGGUAAUGGCCACACUCACACAAGGAAGCGAUAUGAGAGAUGACGAGUUCAACGUUUCGGAAGCUUGCCUGUACAUAGUGCCGGGACUGCAAGGGCUACACCAGCGGUACCGCGAGCUAUGUGAACGCUUGCAGCUAGCCGCAGUCGUGCUGCAGCCAGGACUUGACCAUCCCGAUGAAACUUUCCAGGAGAUGACGGCUAGAUAUGUCACGAUGUUUCUAAAGAAAAGAGGUGGGACCAAUAAAUUCUACUUAUUGGGUCACGAGAUAGGUGUACUGUCAGUUCUCGAGAUGGCCGCCAAAUUGGAAGAUCACGGUAUGACGGGCACGGUGUUCUGCCUGGGCGGCGGGCCGGAGCAAUUCUUAGACGAGCUGGAGCGGCAGCUACUUGUGGCGUGCGCUGGCGCAAUCGACUCGCAGUCGGUUCUCCAAGAAGCAGUUGCCCGUCACAUGUGUGCGCUCAUGGGCGUCGCGUCAGCUCAGUUGGAUGCCGCGCUACGUGAAGCGCCAACAUGGCUACAGAAGGUAGACGUGAGCGUGCGCGCGUUACGAGGGCAUGUAGCUCACUCAAUGCAGUACGCGCGCUUGCUAAUAGAGGCGGCGUACGCACGUGUGAUGCAGGCGUUGCGGUACAGACGGCCGUCACCACGCGUACUUGAAUCCCGCAUUGUGCUCCUGCGCUCACCCACGCCUGUGGUCAGCCCGCUCGAAUUGCAGCGCUACUCGCGCAUGCCUCUCAUCGUGCACGACCUGCGCUCGCCGCCCGCACAUGCAACCAACGACUUACGUGCCGCUGCCAUCAUCAACCGCUAUCUCGACGAGGAAACAAAGCAAUGCUUUGCUAGCAAAACGCUCUGCCAUACCUAUUUGAUAAACCCUGAAUCGUUUAUUGGUAUUGGUGACUUUGAGGAAGGUAGCAAGUUAAACCUCUAGAAAUACUUAGUAGUUUAAACGUAAUUUAGGAUCUUGAUAUAUUUAUCCAUUUUAUCUAGGUUAAUAGGUUAGGUACGUACGUUAAAAUU